AUGGCGAUUCCCUGGAACACUUGUGGAUUCCUGCUGAUACUAGUCAGCGCCGUUUCAGCUGGGUCGUGGAGCUCCUCCGCUCAGUCCAGUUCUAUCGAGUGUAACGAACACGGUUUCGCCCGGGACCCCGACGACUGUGGGGCUUUCUACAGGUGCGCCAAUGGGAAGAACUACUGGUUCCAGUGCCCCGCCAACCUCAAGUUUGACCUGACCAUCAGUGUCUGCAAUUGGCCUGCAAGUGUCGAUUGUAGCUCAUCUUACCCAGCCAACAACGGUUAUGAGCCUCAGUACCCCUAUGCCCCACCCCCGACGUACAAGCCGACGUACCAAGAGCCCGCCCCUACAUACGCCCCUCAGCCCACCUACACAUCGAAACCAGUAUACAGGAAGCGACCCAGGAAGCCUUCCUACAAAUCACAUUCGCAGCCAGUGCCCCAGCCAAUGCCCCAGCCUCAGCAACCAGUUUACCAGCAACCAAUGACCCAGGCCCCAGUCUACCAGCAACCAAUGACCCAGGCCCCCAUGUACCAGCAGCCGAUGACCCAGGCCCCCAUGUACCAGCAGCCGAUGACCCAGGCCCCCAUGUACCAGCAGCCGAUGACCCAGGCCCCCAUGUACCAGCAGCCGAUGACCCAGGCCCCCAUGUACCAGCAGCCGAUGACCCAGGCCCCCAUGUACAGGCCACAGCAGCCUGUGUACCAACCCAGGAAGCCUGUGUACCGUCAACCCAUGACCCAGGCCCCGAAGUACCAGCAACCAACGUACAAGAAGCCCACAUACAGCCAGAACAAUCAGAACAUGUACGCCCAGCAACCCCAAUACGGCGGCAUGAACGGCGGUAUGAACGGCGGGAUGAACGGCGGUAUGAACGGCGGUAUGAACGGCGGCAUGAACGGCAGGAUGAACGGAGGCAUGAACGGCGGUAUGAACGGCGGUAUGAACGGAGGCAUGAACGGCGGGAUGAACGGAGGCAUGAACGGCGGUAUGAACGGCGGUAUGAACAGUGGAUGGGUUUACCAACAGAAGAAGCAACAAAAGUCAGGAGGAUCCAACUGGGGCAACAAGAAGAACCUUUUCCCCUCAAACAUGAACGGAGGCAUGAACGGCGGUAUGAUGAGCGGUGGGUGGUCCACAGGAAAGAAGACCGGUGGCUACGGACAGGGCCUGUUCCCGUCCAGCAUGAACGGCGGUAUGAUGGGAGGUAUGCAGGGCGGUAUGAUGACCGGUGGAUUUUCCAAUGGGAAGAAAAUCGGCGGAUAUGGACAGAGCUUAUUCCCAUCUCAGUUGAACGGUGGUAUGAUGGGCGGUGGUAUGAUGGGAGGCCACAUGAUGGGCGGCAAUAUGAUGGGCGGUAUGAUGGGCGGCAACAUGAUGGGAGGUGGUAUGAUGGGUGGCCACAUGAUGGGCGGCAAUAUGAUGGGCCAGACCACCCUCUUCCCUCCCUACCUUCCCCAGAAACCCAAAGCCAACAGCCUCCUCGGGAUGCUGAUGCAGAUGCAACAGCAACAGAAGAACCCCGGCGGCGGAAUGAGCCCCAUCCUCAUCCCCUACCCCUUCCCCCCAGAGUGGUUCAACAUGAACACCGAGUCCACCACCAUGUCCACGACGGAAGCAACGACAACGACGCCAGCUGGAGGCAAGAAGGGCAACAACAUCUUCUUCAUCUCCAUGGUACCUCCUAUGUUCCCCCCACCGUUCCCAGGUCCACCCUUGGACGGACCUUGCGGAGGGUUCCCUGAUUCUCCUUUCCCCUUCAACAACUCUGAGCCAGCCUGCGGCCUCAUUCGCGCCUCCCUCGGCGCCACCAACCCCUUCGGCGGUGUUCCCGGUCUUCCUCCAAUUUCGUCCGCCGGCGUUAGAAGUCAGGGUUCAGGUUGCCGGACCAUCAGUUCGGGACAGAGGUCAAUGGACAUCAACUUCGUGGGAUCAUCCAACCGUUUGUCUAACCCCCAGUGUAUGGCGUUUGAGGCCCUUCUUAACAGCUUCACUUCAACCUACCUGGAAAAGAUGGUUCAGAGAGACAACACCAGGAGCAACGAAGCCUGCACCGUGUCCGUCCCCGACAUCAGGGUCAACUGUAACUAGAGCUAUGGUCGAUGUCUCGUCUCAUUGUCAUCACACAUCGCGAGAGUCUCGCGAGAGUCUCUUUCUCGCCUCUCACCAGAAAUGUCGAGAAUCUCGUUCUCUGGCUUCAUCAGACAUUUGGAGCGUGUUACUUACGCUUCUCUUCACGUCC